UUGCUUUCACAUCCGCUAUUGGCCACUAAUGACGUCAACAGGCCGUUGAUUGGAUGGAAGGAAACCGAGGCGUGGAACGCGGAAACAAGCUUAUUCAUGCGUACCAAGUUGGAGCGCAUGUGAGUCUCCCUGGUAUAGUAACAGAAAAGUGUCUGUGAUCAGGGAUGUCUGGAAUACCCCCGGACACGUGGACUCCGUCCCAUCUGAUUCUUGAGACCAGUAUGGGCACUAUCACCUUGGAGUUAUACUGGCUUCACGCCCCUAGAACGUGCAAGAAUUUUGCAGAGCUUGCCCGAAGAGGAUAUUAUAACGGGACCAAGUUCCACAGGGUUAUCAAAGACUUCAUGGUUCAGGGAGGAGAUCCAACAGGAACAGGACGUGGAGGAGCCUCUAUUUACGGGAAGCAUUUUGAGGACGAGUUUCAUCCAGAUCUGAAAUUCACAGGUGCAGGUAUUCUUGCCAUGGCAAAUGCUGGUCCUGAUAGUAAUGGUAGUCAGUUCUUUCUGACGCUGGCACCUUCUCAGUGGCUGGAUGGCAAACAUACCAUUUUUGGCCGUGUGUCACAGGGACUUGGGACGCUUAACCGUCUGGGGAUGGUUGAAACAGAUGCUCAGGACCGACCAAUUGAUGAUGUUAGAAUUCUGCGUGCUUAUCCAUCCAGCUGAAUGUCCUCCUGUAGCGUAUCUAUUAUUAAGUUUUGUCUAUUUAGGAUAUUGUAAGAAGAUGCUCUAAAUGUGAGAGCCCCCUGAACCUCUGUAGAGAAAUGUGAAUACCUCCAAUCAUCAAAUACUUGCAACUGUAUUGUGCAGGGAACCACAUACCUUUUUGUGUUUUUUAAUAUUCAUUUUUUGUCUUCUCUUCACGGUGCAUGAUUUCAGGCAAUGAAGCUUUACAGUGCCCUUUCUGUGUCAUUUGCAUAAUGCUUACAUUAGCUGUAAGUUUCCCUGUUAUUGAUGUUAUACUUUUUUAAACGGAAAUAAAACUUCCCUUUUUAUACAUUUA